AUGUCCUCUUCUACUUCCACUCCUACCCCAACACCAGCGCCAAAGACGGUACCAGUCGCACCUAAACCCGAACCGGUCAAAGAAAAAUCGCCCGUUCCUGUUAUCCCACCACCCAAGGAAGUCGUCGUUGAGGAACAAGAUGAUGAAAGGAGUGACGAUGGGUCCGUUGGUCUACCAGAUCUCGGAGAGAAUAUCGAUUCGGCCACAUUCGAACAAAUUCUAGAGAUGGACGAUGAUGAAGAAGAGCGGGAGUUUAGCAGUUCUAUCGUUUUCGGAUUCUUUGAACAGGCUGAGCAGACUUUUGUCAAGAUGGACGAUGCACUCAAGGAGAAAGAUUUAGCAACGCUUUCAUCGCUCGGUCAUUUCUUGAAGGGCUCCUCGGCAACACUGGGGUUGACAAAAGUCAAGGACAGUUGUGAGAAGAUUCAACACUAUGGACAGCAGAAAGAUGAAGCUGGUACAACAGAUGAACCCGACAAGGAGAAAUGUUUGGCGAGAAUCAAGGAGACGUUGGUUUCGGUGAAGGAGGAGUACAAAGAGGUUGAGAAGGUCUUGAAGAAGUUUUAUGCCACUUGA